UCGGGUUGUUAAACCCCAUUCCAAAAGUCGAAGGUCUGAUUCUCCAGCAGCGCUGCUGAACUACAAGAAGAAGAGAGGCGAGCAGCCUCCCCGAACCAAAAGCCUCCCCCUUCUUCUCCACCCGCUUUCUCAGUCCACCAUGGCCACUCUCUCCCAAGCUCAGGCCGUCAAGUCCCUCAACAAAUCCCCCGGACGCCGCCGUUUCGUAUUCAAGAAUUUCUCUGAGAGACUUGAUGAUGUCGAAAUCGAUGUUUUCCGAAGCCUCGAUAAAAUUAAGUCGGAGCCGCAUGAGGGCUCUACUUUUUUCCGAGACUGCCUCGUCGAAUGGAGGGAACUGAACACGGCUGAGGAUUUCAUCUCUUUCUAUGAGCAAAUGACGCCGUUGGUCCAAACGUUGCCUUUGAUUCUGUUGCACAAGGAAACCAUAAUCUCAGAACUCGUUUCGAGAUUACAGAUGGAUGCAAGGCUGUCGCUUGAGCCCAUUCUCACGUUAAUCGCCGCUCUGUCGAGAGAUAUCCUGGAGGACUUUAUCCCUUUCUUGCCGAGGAUUGCUGAUUCUCUAGUGUCUCUUCUAGAAAGUGGUGCAGAUAGGGAGCCAGAGAUCAUUGAGCAGAUCUUUACAUCUUGGUCAUCUAUUAUGAUGUACUUGCAAAAAUAUCUUGUACAAAAGAUUAAGCAUAUACUAAAGGUUACUGUAAAAUUGAGGUACUAUCCAAAAUAUCACAUCCAAAAAUUUAUGGCAGAAGCGGUCUCAUUCUUGCUGAGAAAUGCACCUUUUGAACAACUUAAAGAAGGUGUCAGAAAGAUCAUGUUUGAAGUUGUGAAGAAAUCAACUGAUACCAGAAAAGAGGGAGUCAGUAAAUUACUGUAUUUUGUCAUGAGAGGAACCUCAUCAAGGUUCCAUUCUAGAGCUGAGAGAAUGUUGCAUUUCCUGAUGGACGACUUGAUACUUUGCAUUGGUGAACAAUUCAACGAAGGUUCAGAGACUGUUCUUGAAGUCUUAAAGUCUGCGUUAGAAAGUUUAUGUGUGGAUUUGGACUCCAAGGAAUUGAACUUAAUGUUCAAUUGCUUAUAUCGGGAAAUAACUGACUGUGUGAUUAAUGGAGGUGUUGAACGCUUAAGCCGCCUGUUGUCGUUGCUUGUUUCUACUGUGCAAGUUAAGAAUGGCCAAAGGGUUUCUGAUUACCAACAUAUGAUUGAAAUUGUGGGGUUGGUCAUGCCUAAGGGCAUUACAAUGGCAGAGGAGUCUUCAUCUGAUGUUGUUGAUAAGCUUUUAGAGUUAAUGCUCUGUAUUCUUAGGGGACUACACAAUUUAAGUGAUAUGUCAACCAUCUCUAGCUGUUCAUUGCAGUGGGCUCCUGUAUUUGAUCUAAAGAACCCAAGCUUGUUGGGUUUUGUUCGAGAAUUAUUAAAAGAGGAUGUUUGCAUAGUAAAUAUCUUCAGAGCUUACAUUUUAAGGGCGAUGAAUGAUUUAAUAGAAACUUCCCAGGAAGAUGUUAUUUAUUUGUUACUCACCUUCUGUGAAAAACAGCAAACGGAAAUCCAAAGCUUGACCUUCUUAGAUGAAACACCUGAAAGAGUUUCAAGGAUUCAAGAUUUUCUGCGUGGGACUAUCAACAACUGGGUUGGGGUUUUAAAGGGUAUUGGAAAUGGGGACUCAUCAUCCACAAUAAUUCUUGAAGUUGACUUGGCUCUGCUGUGGGGAACCAUCAACUGCUUUCCCCAAGUAGUAGAAUCUGAAAAUGAUUUAUCCUUGUUAAAGGAUUUAAUAGAUGCAUAUGAUCAAAUUCUGAUGAUUGAAGCUGACAAUGUUGCAGGUUUUCCUAAGCACACUUGGGAGAGCCUAAUUGGUGCUACCCUGAAUUCCUAUUAUAAAAUGAUACGUGGUAAAAAAUCUGAGCUUGACGAAACAAGCAGAUUUUUGCAUCUUGGAAAAAGACACAAAUCAUGUGCGCAAGUGUUGGUUGCUGUUGCUGAUUUUUUGGAUUCAGUGUACGGGUCUAUGAUGGAAGGAGACACCGAGUCUAGAACAUAUCAUCCAGAAUUAAAAGCAGAUAUGGCUGUAGAGGCUUUAGACAUAUUUGCUGAUAAUUUAUGCCAGUCAGACAGAGAGAUUCGCGCUUCAACUCUUCGAAUAUUGUGCCACUUUGAAACUCUAAAUUGCAAUACUUUCACAGAGGAUUACCCAGUUGCAAAGAAAAUGAGAACCGAAGUUUUUCCAACUUGUCAUGUGGAUAAACAAGGCUUAAAUGUUCUUGCGCUCCUUCUCUCCAUUGAGUCAACUCCUCUUUCAAUUUCUACCAGCAGGAAAGUUACUCUUUUGAUUUCUAGAAUACAGAUGGCCCUCUCUGCUGGUAGAAUAGCUGAAGCUUAUCUGCCCCUUGUUUUGAAUGGGAUGAUUGGUAUCUUCCAUAACCGGUUUAGUUACCUUUGGAAUCCUGCAUCAGAGUGCCUUGCAGUUCUGAUUAGCCAAAACAUUGGACUUGUGUGGGAAAAUUUUGUUAGUUAUUUUGAACAAUGCCAAUCGAGAUUUCAAGCAUCCUUUGAUCAAAUUGACAAAGUAAAUUCUAAGACGACCAACAAGUCAAUUGGCCUGCUCGGACACUUUGAUUCAUGUGUUAAGUCCACGUCUACUAGUACACCUUCUGCGGCCGUGUUAUCUUCAUUGCUCCAGUCUUUACAAAGAAUUCCGACCCUAAUUGAAUCUAAGUCUCGCCAGAUUUUACCUUUGUUUUUGAAGUUUAUGGGCUACAGUUGCGAAGACUUUAGAAGCUGCAACAUCGGGUCUUUCAAUCCAAGUGUUUGUAGAGGCAAAGAGUGGAAAGGUGUCCUUAAAGAAUGGUUAAACCUGCUGAAACUGAUGCACAACCUUAAGUCCUUCUAUCAAAAUCAGUUCCUUAAAGAGGUUUUACAAAUUAGACUUUUAGAUGAAAAUGAUGAUGAAAUACAAACAAAGGUUCUUGAUUGUCUGUUCAUAUGGAAAGAUGAUUUCCUGCUUCCAUACUGUCAACAAUUGAAAAACCUAGCCAGCUUUCAUAAUUUGAGAGAGGAAUUAACAACGUGGAGUUUAUCCAGAGAGUCUAAUCUAAUUGAGGAACAUCACAGAGCUUACCUUGUGCCUAUAGUUAUCCGUCUUCUGAUGCCCAAAGUCCGCAAGUUGAAGAAACAUGCUAAUCAGAAGCAUUCUGGAGUAAAUCAUCGGAAGUCAGUUCUUGGUUUCAUAUCUCAAGUUGAUGUUGAAGAACUUCCUCUUUUCUUUGUAUUGUUGGUAAAGCCUUUGCAAAUUGUUCCAAUGGGAAGUGAUGGUGCUGCAAACUGGUUUUGGACUUUGCCAAAUGUUUCUCUGGCCGAAUUUCAAGCAUCGCAUUUCCUAAAAUAUUUCACUGUUAGCAGUAUAUCAGCCCUGUCUUGGAAGAAAAGAUCUGGUUUUCUGCAUGUGAUCGAAGAUAUCCUUGGAGUUUUUGAUAUAUUGCGUGUUGGUCCCUUUCUUGAUUUUCUUAUGGGAUGCGUCGCCCGGUUAUUAGAAAGCUGCAGUUUAAGUAUUGAGGUGGCAAAGACCAAAGAGGCGGGGAAGGCCAAGGGAUCUUCAUUGGAAAAUAAUCUGGAUGUGAACCGUACUUUGCUUGGAAAAGAUAGUGCAGUGGAGACUAAUGUUUCGAUCUCCCCAGCUUUGGGGCAGCUUAGGGAUCUCAGGUCUUUAUGCCUUAAAAUUGUCUCCUUCGUUCUCAACAAGUAUGAAGAUCAUGAUUUUAGUAGUGAGUUCUGGGACCUAUUCUUUGUGUCAGUCAAGCCUUUAAUUGAUCGUUUCAAGCAGGAAGGAUCUAGCGGCCAGAAACCUAGUUCGCUCUUCUCUUGUUUUCUUGCGCUGUCUAGAAGCCAAAAACUUGUACCACUACUUUGCAGGGAACAAAAACUUGUUCCUGAUAUACUCUCAAUUCUAACGGUCACAUCAACAUCCGAAGCUAUUGUAUCUUGUGUUCUCAAGUUUGUUGAUAACCUGUUGACUCUUGAUCACGAGUGGGGUGAUGAAGAUAGUGCUGUGAAAAGAGUUAUACUCCCAAACCUUGAAGCACUCAUCGAUAGCCUGCAUUGUCUUUUUCAGAGUAAUAAUGCUGCCAAGAGGAAAUUAUAUAAACACCCAGGAGAGACAGAGAAAAGAAUUUUUCAGUUCUUACCUAAGUAUAUAGAACAUGCUUUGCCAGCCAGGAAAUUUUUGGAUAUCUUGCUUCCAGUUUUAGCGAAUGGAGCUCAGAAUUCAGAUUUCUGUUUUGAAGCAGUGCAAGUAAUUCGUGAUAUGGUUCCAAUACUGGGGAAUGAGAUUACAAAUAAAAUUCUUAAUGCAGUAUCUCCACUACUUACUUCUACUGAUCUAGAUAAACGUGUUUUUAUUUGUGAUCUUCUUGAGGCUGUUGCUAGAGCAGACCCUUCUGUUCAAUUUGUGGCAAAACUGUUACAGGACUUGAAUGCAACAUCUGUUACUGAACUGGGUAGCCUUGAUUAUGACAAAGUUGUCAAUGCUUAUGAAAAGAUCAGUGUUGAUAUCUUCUAUACAGUCCGAGAGGAUCAUGCAUUAGUCAUUUUGUCUCAUUGUGUCUAUGACAUGUCAUCUGAAGAAUUAAUCUUGAGGCACAGUGCAUACAAUUCAUUGCGCUCAUUUGUUGAAUUUGCUGCCCUAAUUCUUGGCCAAGUAGACCACUGUGAAAUGCCUGACAAGAUGUCGGCAUCUGAUGAUCAUUGUUGGACCAGAGCGUGCAUUCAGAGAAUAACAAACAAGUUUCUUUUGAAGCAUAUGGGCAAUGCUUUGAAGAGAGGAACUUCUGUCAGAAAGGAAUGGGUUGAUUUACUAAGACAAAUGGUGAAAAAUCUACCAGAAGUGGCAAAUCUGGGUUCAUUGAAGGAUCUUUGUGAUGAUGAUGCUGAAAUAGAUUUUUUCAACAAUAUCGUUCACCUACAGAAACAUAGGAGAGCAAGGGCAUUGACACGCUUUAGGAAUGUUAUCAGUGCCAGCUAUAUGCCAGAGGGCAUCACAAAGAAAGUGUUUGUACCCCUCUUUUUCAAUAUGUUGUUGGAGGAGCAUGAAGGAAAAGGGGAACAUGUCAAAAAUAUGUGCAUAGAGGCCCUUGCUUCGAUUUCGAGUCACAUGGAAUGGAAUUCAUACUACUCGUUGUUGAUGAGAUGCUUUAAUGAGAUGAACAAGAAUCCUAAUAAACAAAAGCUCCUUCUGCGGCUAAUCUGUUCCAUCUUGGACAAGUUUCACUUUUCAGAUGCCAAAGACUCCUUGGACAAUGAUUCCAACACAGGGACCACUGAUACUGGCUCUACAAUCUUGCGUAAGUGUAGCAAUUCUGUUUCGAUAAAUGAAAUACAGACUUGCCUUCAAAAAGUCGUGCUGCCUAAGAUACAAAAGUUACUGAGUGAUUCUGAAAAGGUCAAUGCUAACAUCAGUCUUGCUGCACUAAGAGUAUUAAGGUUGCUUCCUGGAGAUGUAAUGGACUCACAGCUGCCUAGCAUUGUUCAUCGAGUUUCAAAUUUUUUGAAGAAUCGAUUGGAAAGCAUCCGUGAUGAAGCUAGGUCCGCUUUGGCUGCUUGUUUGAAGGAGUUGGGGCUGGAAUACUUGCAUUUUAUAGUCAAGGUUUUGCGAGCUACCUUGAAACGGGGAUAUGAGUUACAUGUGCUCGGUUACACACUAAACUUUAUUUUGUCAAAGUUUCUUGUUACUCCAAUUAGUGGAAAAUUGGACUAUUGUUUGGAAGAUCUCCUUUAUAUUGUACAGAAUGAUGUUCUUGGAGAUGUUGCUGAGGAAAAAGAUGUUGAAAAGAUUGCUUCCAAGAUGAAAGAAACUAAGAAACAGAAGUCUUUUGAAACCCUGAAAUUGAUUUCUCAAAGCAUAACAUUCAAAAGCCACGCGUUGAAGCUUCUGUCACCUGUUACAGCUCAAUUCGAGAAACAUUUGACACCAAAAACCAAGACAAAAUUGGAAAGUAUGUUAACUCACAUAGGUGCUGGUAUUGAAUGCAAUCCAACUGUUGACCAGACAGACCUAUUUAUAUUCAUACAUGGCCUGAUUGAAGAUGGAAUAAAAGAAGAAAAUGGUCAGAGUGAGAAUUUGUUUAUUACAUGGGUAAAUGGACGUCGGCGAAAUGUUAUGACUGGAAAAGAUAUUUCCUCGGGGGGUGUCUCAGGUGGUAAAUCAGUAUGUUCUCAUCUUAUUUCAGUUUUUGCUCUUGGGAUAUUGCUGAAACGCAUAAAGAAUGUGAAAUUGGGAAAAGCUGAUGUACAAAUGUUGUCGAUGUUGGAUCCUUUUGUCUUACUGUUAGGGAAGUGCUUGAAAUCCAAGUAUGAAGAUGUCGUAUCUGCAUCACUUAGAUGCCUCACUCGACUGGUCAGGUUGCCUUUACCUGCCAUCGAAUCUCAGGCAGAUAGUAUUAAAGCCGCGCUGUUUGGUAUUGCUGGAAGUACGGGUAAUACUGGAAGUUCUCAAAUGGAGUCAUGCCUGAGGUUGUUAACAGAACUUCUGCGCGGCACCAUCACUCUUUCCUCCGACCAGCUACAUCUGCUAAUUCAGCUUCCAUUGUUUGUUGAUCUCGAGAGGAAUCCCUCCUUUGUUGCUCUUUCACUUCUAAAGGCAAUUGUUAACCGCAGGCUAGUUGUUCCUGAGAUAUAUGAUCUUGUAACAAGAGUUGCAAAUUUGAUGGUAACAAGUCAAGUAGAACCAAUUCGUCACAAGUGUAGCAAGAUUUUAUUGCAAUUCUUACUUGAAUAUCGUCUCUCCACAAAACGUUUGCAACAACAUUUGGAUUUUCUGCUGUCAAAUCUGAGGUAUGAGCAUUCAAGUGGAAGGAAAACUGUGCUUGAGAUGCUCCACACAAUUAUUGUUAAAUUUCCACAAAACGUUGUAGAUGAGCAGUCACAGACCUUUUUUGUCCAUUUGGUGAUUUGCUUGGCUAAUGAUCAAGAUAAUGAAGUUCGUUCCUUGGCUGGAGUUGCUAUAAAAUGUCUCAUUGGCUAUAUAAGCUCACAUUCAUUUCGUUCCAUUCUUGAGUACAGCCUAUCUUGGUAUUUGGGUGGGAAGCAGCAACUAUGGAGCGCUGCAGCACAGGUUUUGGGACUUCUGGUUGAAGUCAUGGAUAAAGAAUUUCAGAAGCAUGUCAAUAAAUUAUUGCCAGUUGAAGACGUGGAGAAAGAAUUUCUUAAGCAUAUCAACAGAAUAUUGCCAGCGACUAAGAGUAUCUUACUGUCUGCCAUUGAUACAGUCACUGAUGAGCAACUAGACUUUUCUAAUGAAACUAGCAUUCCUUUGUGGAAGGAGGCAUAUUAUUCGUUAGUUAUGCUGGAGAAAAUGCUGCAUCAGUUUCAUAGUUUAUGCUUUGAUAGGGAUCUUGAGGAUAUAUGGGCAGCAAUUUGUGAAUUACUUCUGCAUCCACACAUGUGGUUACGCUGCAUUUCCAGUCGCCUUGUAGCUUUGUACUUUGAUGCUGCCAAAGCCGCCUCUAAAGACGAUGGAAAACCAUUUGGAAUUUACUAUCUUAUUAGACCAAGUAGACUUUUCAUGAUAGCUGCAUCUCUCUGCUGCCAAAUGAAGACACAGCUCAAUGAUGAUGCUGCCAGCAAUCUGAUUACUGAAAAUCUUGCGUUCAGUGUUUGUCAUGUGCAUUCAUUGAUUGGACAAACAGAGUGUGCUGAUCCACAUCAAUUCUGGUCCAACCUUGAACAGCAUGAGCAAGCCCAUUUUCUUCGAGCUUUUGAGUUGCUCGAUGCUAGAAAAGGAAGGAGCAUGUUUUUAUCCCUUACCUCUGGUAUAUGCGACCCAAAUGAUGAAAGCGCCUCUAAGAAUAUCCGAUACUUGCUCGUCUCUAACCUGCUCAAAAAAAUGGGCAAGACUGCCCUUCAAAUGGAGGCAAUUCAGAUGAAAAUUGUCUUUGAUAGUUUUCAAAAAGUUUCUUCCUAUUUAAGUGAGGAAGACUGCCGGCUUUAUGCCUAUGAAAUCCUGCUGCCGUUGUAUAAAGUUGGCGAAGGAUUUUCUGGGAGAGUGAUUCAUGAAAAUACGAAGCAGUUAGCACAAGAAGUUACAGACAGCAUACGAAAGAAACUAGGCACCCAAAAGUUUGUACUAGUUUACGGUGACAUCAGGAAGAAUCUCAAGGCGAAAAGGGAUAAGAGGAAAAACGAAGAAAAGCGCAUGGCUGUCGUUGAUCCCAUGCGGAAUGCUAAGAGGAAACUGAGGAUAGCAGAGAAGCAUCGUGCCAACAAGAAAAGGAAAAUAAUGUCGAUGAAAAUGGGGAGGUGGACACAUUCGAAGCCGAAGUAAAUGUUGCAAAAAACCGAUGCACUUCUUGGACGAGCACGUAGGCGGCCCUAACUCCGGCCCUAACUCCGGUGACUCUGUCGGCUUCGGUGGUUAGGCGGUUGGUUACGGUAUUAACAGUUUUGCUUAAGGUAGAUUUCAUGAGAAAUGUUGAGAGGCUUGGUGGCACUUAUUUUUGUUUCCUUUUUCCCUCGUUAUUUUUUGUCAAGUCCGAACUUGAUGUAAAUAACAUUUUAAGGUGAGGAGACACGAUGAACUGGCAGUAUUUAUACUUCUGAGUCUUUACUUUUUAUUACAAAUAAUCCCUGAAAGUGCCGUCACCAAAAUUUGGUGCCA